UUCUCAGUAUAUCAUAACUGGUUUAUGUCACCUCCGUUUGGUACUGUGAGACAUCGAGCUGACAGUUUUUAAGUUUAUUGUAAACGGUUUCUAAUUGUAUUGCUUUAGAGAAAUAACCUAAACGUUUGGGUUUGCCUUGGAGAUGAAGAAACACUUAGCAAAUGUUGGAUAAACUUUGGUUCUAUCAAGCCUCUUUUCUGUAGCUGCUGUCUGUCUGUCCUAUGUUGGCUAGCUAGCGAGCUAGCAACAACGCUGGCAGUAGUCCACGAAGCCAUCAAGAUUUGACGUGAAGACCAAAAGCUUGAAAGGAGAUACCCAACAAGCCAAUAAAGGCUCAAGCUUCUGGUGGACUCAUUGCAAAUUGAUCUCAAAAUCUAUUCAGCGAGGGCCGCACCAGCGGAUAUCAGCAGUAAAUGGGUAACAGUGCGCUCAAAGCACACCUGGAAACGUCCCAGAAAACUGGCGUCUUUCAGCUGACUGGCAAAGGUCUCCCAGAGUUUCCUGAGGAGCUUCAAAGGUUGACUGGGAACCUGCGCACUGUCGACCUCUCGAAUAACAAGAUAGAGGCGCUGCCUCCAUUCAUAGGAAAUUUUUUACACUUAAAGAGUCUUACCAUCAACGCAAACAAGCUAACAUCUUUGCCCAGUGAACUCGGGAAGCUUAAGAAGCUGGAGACCCUCUCUCUGAACGGCAACCAGCUGCAGACUCUGCCAGCCUGCGUGGGCCAACUGAAGGCCCUGCGCACCCUCAGCCUCUCGGGCAACCAGCUGCGGGAGCUCCCCGGUGGCCUGGGCACCCUGCGUCACCUGGAUGUGCUGGACGUGUCCAAGAACCGUAUCCAGGCCCUGCCUGCGGAAGUGGCCGAACUGCAGGCCAUUGAGAUCAACCUCAACCAGAACCAGAUCUCCAUGGUCUCCCCAGAGGUGUCGCGCUGUCAGCGCCUGAAAGUGCUGCGUCUUGAGGAAAACUGCUUGGAGCUCACCUCCAUCCCCAUCUCCAUCCUCACCGACUCCCAGGUGUCCUUGCUCUCUCUGGAGGGCAACCUCUUUGAAGUCAAGAUGAUGCGCGACCUUGAGGGUUACGACAAGUACAUGGAACGCUUCACUGCAACCAAGAAGAAGUUUGCCUGAACAUGCAGAAGUUGGGACAGGCUGGGUGGACUGACGGCUUCUCGACUGUUUCAGGCUACACACUGUGCCCGUCCCUGGUCCACGACCCUGUGGUCGUGUCUCCCGGUAUGGCUACGGCAGCGGUGUGUUCACAUGAAAUGAAGAUGGACAAGAGAGAACAAGGACUACUUCACAGCAGGCUAGAGCUACUUACUACAAGCCUGCUUACUUACAUGGGGGAGUGUCUCUCUCCAUUAUAGUACAAACACUGCACCUCAACAAGAGAGAAAGCAAGCGAGCAUCUCUUGAAACCACUCCAGGGAUAACAUAUGCUCCUGUCACAGAAGCCAUGCUCCUUUACAGUAGCCUACAUGUGUAUGUCUAUGCCAUCAGGCUUAACAACAGGAUAAACACAAUAAUCACUCUUCAGUACUACAGGUAUUUAUGAGAAAAGUUGUAUUUGUGUAGCCAUCCUUGCUCUUGAGUUCAUAUGCGCUUUGUGGAGUAUAUAUCUGUUGACCACUAACAUAGUAUGCCAUGCUUCAAAUGCUUUAGUCCGAAUGAUGUCCAAUGCCCACUAACAACCUCAGUCAACAGAGGAUGCAGUUUUUUAUGCAAGAUAUUGAUUAUAAUAUAGAUUAUAUUUUUAAACGUCUUGACCAGUGUGACGUCAGACUCAGAGAGUAUUUAUUUUUCUCGAUUUGUUGAUAUUGUUUUCCUGCUUAGAUGGGGGAGGUUGCUGGAGAAGGAAGGUAUGCUUAUUUUAGUGUUAAUUCAGUACAAAAGCUGUGUAAAGUGGAAUGUGCAGAAUUAUUAGUAAGGCAACUUCUUGUCUAUGUGCGUUGACACUCUUAGAACCUAAUUAUACCCACACUGCUGUAUAGCUCAGUGCAAGUCCUGUAUCGUUUGGCACUGGUACAUUCAAGCUUACAGUAAUAACUAAUGUUUGUAUUAUUGCAGAUGAACAUAUUCAUGUUCUUAUCAGUGUUAAUAGCUGUGUGCAAGAAGUUGCCAUAUGUACAUUGAUGUCAUCAACAUUGCUUGUUGCACCUUCUAAGAUGAAUGAAGUAUAUUAAUAACUGUUCCGUUUCAGGUUUUACUUGAAUAUUCUGAUUUUUUUUCCCUUAAACAUGUACAUACUAGCAGUGAAAUGCUUAAUAUGAGAUGCUUCUUCUACACUUUUCUAUGACAGAUGUGUUGUGCAUUUAUGAUUCAGUUCACAGUGUACUGUUAGAAUUUCAAUGAAUUCCAUGUCUUACGUAUUUUAUGAGUUACCCAGUUUCAUUACGAGAAAAGAUUUGUAUCAGGAUUUAACAGAAAUUGCAUCCAAAAACGGUUAUGUAUAAUGAUAUUUUUAACAAAUAAACACUAUUCAGCUUCA